UUACCCCCAACAACAAACGAUGAAGAACAGCGUGAUGAUCAUCUUCCCAAACAUCCUCAUCGUUGCUAUCUCCGCUUCCCUUUUCAUGUAUCUCGCAGACAGUAGAAGCCCCGCAUCAAUCACUUGCAGCACUGUCGAACUUAAUGCGAUGCCAUGCCUUCCAUACGCCGAAGGCGACAAGCCCACAAUCGACCCUAAGUGCUGCACCGGUCUCCAAAAUCUCGUAGCAACUGCAACCUCCAAAUACGACAAGGUGACAGCAUGUCAUUGUUUGGAAGAUGCUUUCCAGAAGUUUCCUGCUAUCCAGGACAAGUAUAUGAAAGCGAUUCCAAACCUAUGCAACGUUACGGUUCCUUUCCCUCUCUCAAAGGAGAUGAAAUGUGACAAGUAAGCAGAAUCACUACCUAACACCAACUCUCUAAAAUUACAAUAAUGCUUGAAAAAUAUUUAGUAAAUUCUAUUCACGAAU